AACGAAGCCUAAGUCUAACUUUUUUCCAUCACCCAACCUAGUUUACAUAAAAAAUGAUCAACCAGAGAUAUAUUUCAUCUUAUCUCAUUAAUAUUUAACAAAACGACAAAAUAUAGUUCCUGUUAGGGGUGGUUGCAGCACACUUCACAACUGCAGCUUGUUAAAGAAACCACACUCCAUCUGAACUGUUCAACAUGGUGCGACUCUCAAGCAUGAGCAGCCAGCUGUGGCUACUGUGUCUAUUUCUUGUAUUUAUCCAGACUCAGGCACAAAUUCCUCCUAACAAGCUGCCUGGAGAUACUAACAAGAUACCCACAGUGAAUAACAACCAGUGUAUUGAGUGUCCCCAGGGUCCCCAGGGUCCUCAGGGAUAUCCAGGCGAUCCCGGUCUCACUGGGAAGCAAGGACCAAAGGGAGAGAAAGGAGAGAGAGGAUAUGGCACAACAGUUACUACCAAAUACGUAUCCCCACCAAAGAUUGCAUUUACUGCCAAACUAACCAAGUACCACCCAACUACUACUUCACUUCAUACUGUGAGAUUUGACACAAUUGUCACUAACUUUGGAAACGGUUUCAGCAUAUACACAGGUAUAUUUACAGUUCCAAUGGCCGGCACAUACUUUUUCAUUUUUCACGGAUUAACAAACUCUGACAAAAGUUCCCACAUGGAGCUUGUCAAGAAUGGAAAACUGAUCACCAGUGGGUAUGGGAAUUCUGCUCAGGGCUCUGGAAAAUUUGCCACUAUAAGCAGCAGUGCCAUCCUUGAGGUCAAACUUGGAGAUAAAGUGUGGGUGCAAGUUAGUGGCGGAGGAGUCUAUGGUGCUCAACACGCCCCUCACGCAAGCUUCAGUGGUUAUCUCAUUUAUACCUAAUGCAGACAUUUCAUGAGAAAUAGUUUUAAAAUAGUGCCAUGUAAAGCAAUGAGACUUCAUGUAUGAACUUAAUAUUUUCUUAAUUAAAUACUUAAAAUUUCAAAUGUACUUUAAUUUUUCAGUAAGUUCUUUUAUGUUUAUGGUUUCAAUCUAAAGAUUUUGUAACCAACACCAGUGUAGUAUCUUUCACCAUCUCAACCUGAUUUGACAAUCAAAUUACAAAAUGACUAAUUUUUGAGUUAUUUUUCAGAAUUUUAAAAUGACUUCAUCUCUGUUGUUGGAAUAACAUAACCAGAUUUAUAUAUACGCCACAAACUUAUUGCUUGACUGAAAAAUGAUGAAAAUGGAAAAAUGUAAAAUAGGUUUCAAUAUUCAAAGGUAAUAAAUACUUCUUUUAAGUAAUCUGUCA